AGGGGAGGGGUGCUUUCGUCGUUUCGCCGGACCCUCGUGAUUAGAUACUUCGCUGUUCCUUCAAAGUAGCGCGCGGUCAGCGGAGGUUUGGUUGGGGAAGAGAGCGAGAGCGAGAGCGAGGUCUCCAAAUUCCCAAUGGCGGACGAGGACUACAACGACAUGGACAUGGGAUAUGAGGAUGAGCCUCCAGAGCCUGAGAUUGAGGAAGGAGCAGAGGAGGAGGAUGCAGAUAAUAGCAAUGAAGAAAUUCCUGAUACUUUUGUAGGCACAGGAGCUGAAGAAAAGGAGGAGCAAGCACCAGUGGAACGACCUCGGAGAACUACGAAGUACAUGACCAAGUAUGAGCGUGCAAGAAUCUUGGGUACACGUGCUCUUCAGAUUAGCAUGAAUGCUCCUGUGAUGGUUGAGCUGGAGGGGGAGACUGAUCCACUGGAGAUCGCAAUGAAGGAGCUUAGGGAACGGAAGAUUCCUUUCACCAUUCGCCGGUACUUACCUGAUGGAAGCUAUGAAGAUUGGGGAGUCGAUGAGCUAAUUGUGGAGGACUCUUGGAAAAGGCAAGUGGGUGGUGACUGAUGGCAAAUACAUAAAUUGUAAUUACUCUAUACAACUUACUGUGAUCUCCAUUCGAGAGAUUGCUAGUUUCCUCUAGUUUCUAGUCACGGUUUCAGUUCUAUAGAUAGAUCGAUGGCAGAUAUAUUGAAGUAGAAAACUUCGUUGAUGGAAGUAUACUUCAUUGUAUAACUAUGGUGGUUUCAGUUCUAUGGAUAGAUUGUCAGCUACGUCUGGUUUCUACUCUUGGUCUGGUACUGAAGUUUGGAGGUUUUGCCCAUGGGAUCUAUUCAAGGACCUUAAUGGGUGGAUUAGUGCUAUAUAUGAUUUAUUUGCAGUUGCUAUAUA